AUGAGCGGGGACAUCGAUGAAGAUGACCUAUUCCUCCUCUCACCGGAAAUGCGAGCAAAAUGCAAAGAAAUCACGAAUGCAGACCCACAAAGAUGGAAUAGUCCGCCGAAAAAGAAGCGAUCCUCAUUGAUAUCGAUGACAUCAAUAGAUGAAGCUGAAGAAGUUGAUCAUCACCAUGACGUUGAUGAUGAUGCUGAAGUUCAGCAACAUCUUGACAUGGAGGAAAGCCCGGAUGAAAAUCUGGAAUUGAGCUUUGAGGAGCUGGAGGCGAAGCUUGAGGCUGAGUCGUUGGAGUUGAGCCCUCAACCUUCCGAAUCUUUAACUCCAAGAAUGGAAAUGAGCCAGAGCUCGCAGCAAGAAGCCGACGGAGAAGAACCUAUUCGCUUCCGGAAUGCCCCGAAACCAGUAGAAUCGGAAGUUGAACAUCCUGAAGAAGAUGAGGAGCCACUGCCAGCCCCAAUUCCAGAACCGAAGACUGACAUGUUGCUCCAACAGAUCUUCGAUGAUAAUGAUAUGAAUGAUGUGUUAUUUGAGGCGCUGGAAUUGGAAUUGGAACGGGAGAUGGAGACUGAUGAGAAGGCAGAAGCUGUAGAAGAGACAUCGGAAGUCCCUCUGCAUGCCAGUGAAGAGCACGACGCCAAGGAGGCACAGCUCAAGUUGAGUACGCUGAGUGAGGAAACGAUCAGCUCGGGCUCACAGUCGUUUCAUAAUGACGCGUUCGGCUUAUCCAACACUGGUGGCUACGCAAUGCUCCUCCGGACAAAGCAGCCCGAAUUC